CUCUGUGGUGUUUCAGAGCCUUUAAAUUAACUCGAUCAAUCAGCUCCAAACACAGUCCCCGCCCCCCCUGUGCGCAUGCGCAGAGCGGCGUAGGGAGCUGUCCGUGUCAGUCGGUGCUGGAGUGUUUUCAUUGAAGCUGCUUCUUCCCCCCGGUCCACAGAAACAGACGGGAGCGAUGGAGGAAGAGUUAAAAUGCCCCGUUUGCGGUUCCCUCUUCAAGGACCCCAUCCUGCUGCCGUGCUCCCACAAUGUCUGCCUGGCCUGUGCUCGGAACAUCACCGUCCAGACCCCGGACGGAGAGACCCCGGUGCAGAGCCGAGCCUCUGGCAGCUCUGACUACGACUACCUGGACAUGGACAAGAUGAGCCUGUACAGCGAGACGGACAGCGGGUACGGCUCCUACACACCGUGCCAGCUCAAGAGUCCAAACGGGGUGCGGGUGUUUCCGCCGGCCACCCACCCGCGACACUGCUCCCUCACCUGCCCGCUGUGCCACCGGAGCGUCUCCCUGGACGAGCGGGGGCUCCGGGGUUUCCCCCGGAACCGACUGCUGGAGGCCAUCGUGACGCGGUACCAGCAGAACCGCCGCGCGUCCGCCGCCUCUUCUUCUUCCGCGGUGAAGUGCCAGCUGUGCGACCGCAACCCGGUGGACGCGGCGGUGAUGUGCGAGCAGUGCGACGUGUACUACUGUAACGCCUGCCAGCAGAGGUGCCACCCGUCCCGCGGUCCGCUCGCCAAGCACCGCCUGGUGCCGCCGCCGAACCAAGCGGCGGGAGGCGGCGCGGCAAGCGGAGGCGGCGGCGCUCAGCAGCCGCCUGCCACCGCGCGGAAACCGGCGACCUGCGUGGAUCAUGAGGUGGAAAACUUCAGCAUGUACUGCUACAGCUGCAAGAUCCCGGUGUGUAUGAAGUGUCUGGAGGAGGGAAAACACGCCAAACACGACGUUAAGACGCUGGCUAUGAUGUGGAAACAACACAAGUGCCAGAUCUCCCAGGCCCUGAAUGGCGUCUCCGACAAAGCUAAAGAUGCCAAGGAGUUCCUGGUUCAACUCAAGAACAUGCUUCAGCAGAUACAGGAGAAUGGCGUGGAGUUUGAAGCUUGCCUCGUGGCCCAGUGUGACUCGCUGAUCGAGGCGCUCACUAGACAGAAAGCCAAACUGCUCACCAAAGUCACCAAGGAGAAGGAGUACAAGCUAAAGGUGGUGCGUGACCAGAUCACCCACUGCACCAUGAAGCUACGUCAGACCACCGGUAUGAUGGAGUACUGCCUGGAAGUCCUCAAGGAGAACGAUCCAAGUGGAUUCCUCCAGAUCUCAGAUGCUCUGAUCAAGCGGGUGACAUCGUCUCAGGAUCAGUGGGUGAAAGGGGCCCUGGAGCCAAAAGUAGGACCCGAGUUUGACCUCACCCUCAACACCGACUCGCUGCUCCAGACCAUCCUGCAGCUGGACUUCUGCCAGGGCAAAGAUGUGCAGGAGAGUCCGUUAAUGAAACAAAUGCAGGCAGCAGACAGUGGUGAGGCUGAGAUGGAGACAGAAAGCCCCGGAGUAGAGCCUGGACCUGCAGUGCCGGCGGCUCCUCUCCUGCAGCUAGAGAAGUGCUGCACCAGGAACAACAGCGCCACCCUGGCCUGGAGGGUAACCGCGCCCCCUGCCAGCCCCAUCGAGGGGUACAUCCUGGAGCUAGACGACGGCAACGGAGGACAGUACAGGGAGGUGUAUGUGGGGAAGGAGACGGUGUGUACGGUGGACGGCCUCCAUUUUAACAGCUCCUACAAUGCCAGGGUGAAGGCCUACAAUGCCAUCGGUGUGGGGCCGUACAGCAAGACUGUGGUGCUCAAGACCUCGGACGUGGCUUGGUUCUCCUUCGACCCCACCACAGCUCAUCGGGACAUCGUUCUGUCAAACGAAAACCAAACGGUCACCUGUAGCAGCUACGAUGACCGUGUGGUGCUGGGAACUGCUGCUUUUUCCAAAGGGAUUCACUACUGGGAGGUCAGCAUCGAUCGCUAUGACAACCACCCAGACCCUGCCUUUGGCGUGGCGAGGAUCAACACCAUGAAAGACAUGAUGUUGGGGAAAGAUGACAAGGCGUGGGCCAUGUAUGUGGACAACAAUCGCUCCUGGUUCAUGCACAACAACUCCCACACCAACAGGGCAGAGGGAGGCAUCACUAAGGGCUCGACCGUGGGUAUCCUGCUGGACCUGACCAAACACACACUGACUUUCUACAUCAACAAGGAGCAGCAUGGUCCGACUGCCUUCGAGAACCUGGAUGGUGUCUUUGUACCCGCUGUCAGCCUCAACAGAAAUGUGCAGGUGACCUUAGUGACGGGCCUGGAGGUGCCAAAGAAUACCAAACAGUAGGAGAUCCCUCCUCCCCCCGAGCGCGCCGAGAUACAAACCAACGAUGUCAUAUGCAGUUCGCUCCCACGUGAACCUUAUCCAGUCACAUCAGAUGGGAUUUACCCGUCUCCCAUUCGUCUCAAGGUGCCCUUUGUCUUGGAUAUACUUCAGUGUGAAACCCUGCUCCAUAAUUUGCAACAAAGGAUUAAAAUCUGGGUUAUUAUUGGCUAUACAUGAUGGUUGAUGAUGGAUGUCACAACAGAGAUGACGGGACUUACUGUGGAUCGCCAUACUUUUUUCAUAUCCCAGUUUUUGCCCAGGAUACUAACACAAAUCUUAUUAUUCCAGCUUGUACCUUCCAGAAAUUUUAACAAAAAGGAAAAUGCAGCCUGAAACCUCUCCUGGAGGCCUGAGACUAAAAUAAUCGACCCUCUCACUUUGACAGAAUCAAUGGUUAAGACUCCCACACUGUGCAGUGAAAUGAUGUUGUGCUUCAGUUUCUCUAUUUAAGAUUUUCUGAGCUUUUUAACGAUUAAUUUAAAGAAUAAAAAUAACAUCACCAUCAGUUUUAAAGAGUCCACAACAACGAGGUGCUUCUGGGAGGCGAGAGAGAAACGAUUCAGCAGUGUUUAUUGAUGCUUCUCUCUCAGGUGUCUUUACAGCUCACAAGGUAAAACCAGAUGAAGGGAGUGUUUUGUAGGGGUUGUUGCGGCACCGUGGGAUGUUUCAGUCAUGAAAUAUUUAAAAGCUACGCUUUCGGUGCACAUUUUUAUCCCAGUUGUGGCUCCAACAACACUGCCUUCUCUGUUUUUUUUACUUUUUCUCUAUUGCAUACAAAGUGGCAUAAAGAUUGUUUGGUGCUGCUGUCAAAGUGGUUUACACACUGAGGUCAAACGCUGGGAAGGAUUGGGCUCAAUUCCAUUUCAUUUUUCAGUAAUGUGACAGAUCUGCUGUCUAAAUUUAUUUUGGUGCAUUUUUUUGCAGUCGUGGUGUCUUGAUUAGGAUUGUUUGGGGGAUUUUAAGUGGCUGUCAUCGUAAUUUUUGAAAAGGGAGAAAUUAAGUUGAAUUUCUGGUAGUAUGGGAUUUCACAGUCACCGUUUAUUUACCCUACAUCUGUCUGCCUCAAUUGGUUGAAUAAAAGGAAAAGAUUCAGCAGAGACCAAAUGAGAUGAGCCGCAAACUUAAUUUUGCCUCCUAAACUGGUUAAAGGUUUACACUUUUUAUGGCGAUAGCCGUGGCCGGAAGCAUUAUGUUUUCGUGUUGUCCGUCUGUUCAUCCGUCCCAUUCUUGUGAACACGAUAUUUCAACUAUGCCUUGAGGGAAUUUCUUCAAAUUUGGCACAAAUGUCCACUUGGACUCAACGAUGAACUAAUUUGAUUUUGAUGGUCCAAGGUCAAAGUCACUGUGACCUUGCAUCUGUCUCAUUCUUGUGAAUGCAAUAUUUAAGAAGGCCUUACGUAAGUUUUCUCAAAUUUGGCACAAACGUCCACUUGGACUCAAGAAUCAACUGAUUAGAACUUGGUGGUUUAAGGUCAAAGGUCACUGUGAUCUCACAAAACAUGUUUUUGGCCCUAACUCAAGAAUUCUUAAGCUGAUUAUGACAAAUUUUUACACGAAUGUCUAAUAGAAUAUAACGAUGAAGUGAUGACAUUUUAUAUUCAAAAGGUCAAAGGUCAACCUCACUGUGACAUCAUAAUGUUCUGCAAAAACACUUUUCUGGCCCUUACUCAACAUCAUAUCUCAGGAACAGAAGGGGAGACAUUUGGUCAGAUACUGAAGUGGUGCCACUAAUCUUGGGUGUCCACCUUGAAACUGUGCUGAUUGUAUAGAUUUUCUAUGCUUUCACCAUAUUUUCACAGACGUGGAUGUAAACUGAAACUAUAAACUUCGUGGGUUCGUGGAGGCAAACAAGCACGAGUCGAUAAUUCUAGUUUUACCUUUUGACAGAGUCAGGCUAGCUGUUUCCUCAUUUCCAUCAAGGACAUUAUAAAGAUGAGUUGUCGUGGCGUAAAUCAGGUCAUAUUAUUGGAGUACAACACAUAAACUGGGAACAUGGGGAUGAUUAAUUCCACUGAGGCUGAGGCUGAGGCAUUGGCAGUUGGCGCUGAGUCAGAAUAUAUUUUAUACAAAAAAUGAAGAUAUGGGUGAGAAUAACAAUUCUGCCAUUAGUGAAAAAUUCCUUAAUAAAAGCCCAUAAGCAAAUGCUGUCAAUAUGAAAAUGUUCUAUUGUAGGUCAGCUGCCAUCCGUUCAAGCCUAGCCAAAAAGUUCUCUAAGGCCGAACCCACCCAAGGAGGAUUAAGAGAGCGCAGCCAAAGAGCACCUGAGUGGACACCAUUUUUGUAUUUCUAGCAAUGUCUGCUGUAACCCUCCAACAUCGCAGCUCCAGUUACAUUGUGCAUGUGUCAUACCCCAAACCUCCAUGGCAUCAAAGACUGUGUCCUAGCCUUCAUUGAAUAGCCUUGAUUUCCACUCCUUAUGCUAAGCUAAGCUGACCAGUUUAUGACCAGAUAUUAGCUUAAUUUUUAUGCUACAAACAUGAGAGUGGUAUCAAUCUUGUUUAACUCAUCUAAUAAGCGUAUUUUACAAAAUGUCAAACUAUUCCUUUACAUUUAUAGAAAGAACAGACUGCUACAUUUCCCUACAAAUGUAAAAAUUAAGUUUCUCUUUGGAUUAUUGACUCAAAUGCAUGCUAGCAUGUACAAACAGUGCACAAAGGGCUUGAUAACACUGUAUAAAAAGCAAGUGAAAAGGCAGUAGUUCAUAUACAGAGGACCUACACAGCAAAGUCUUAGUGUUUAAGAGCUUAAAUGACAUCAGUUCCAAUUUCGAGUCUGUCAUGUUCCUCCAGUCUGACAUAUUUGCUAUUAGCAAUAUGCAUUGCAUGCCAUAAACUAAAUUCAUUGAUUCUUUGAGUGACUGAAAUUAGUUUCUUUGGGAAUUAAAAUCAGAUUUACCGCUUAACAUCCAGUUUUCCCACUUUAAUUCCCCUUAAGUAACUGUAAGGUUAAAAUCCUCUUAUUCACCCUGACUGACAGCAUCAUUAUACUCUGCAUACAUUAUAUUCCCAAGACUCCAUGUUUUAUCUUGUGUAUCAUGUUAUAAACAUUUCCAAACAUUCAGUCCGGCAUAUUUUUGUAAUCUUCGAGAUCUCCACUUGAAUUUUAAAUUAAGCUCUCUGGGGUUGAAUUAAUCAGCAUCAGUAGUGACUAAACCACUGGUGUGUCAAUGAGGUCAGAGGUUAAACUCUGCCUGCAGCUUUAAAUAAAAACACGAGAGCUUGUGUUAAUUUGGGUGCUAAAACUACAAAAUGGUGUGCAAACAGUUUGUACCUUGUCCUGCUGAAUGAAUCAAAAUGAAGGAACAAGGUUGAUUGGUUGCCUGCAGGAGCAUUUACUGCCUCCAUGUUUUCCCUGCAGCCUCUCCCAGGCUCGCAAUCACAUUUAUCUCAAGAGGAAAUGUUUUCACCUUGAGGGAUGAAUGUCCGAAGAUGCUGAAAUGAAAUGGAACUGAGCCAAACCUUAUUUUGUUUUAUAAGUCCAACAGCUACUAUAAUACAUCAGAAGUCGAUGAGAAAAGUGCGGUUGUCUCAUGGUAAUUUUAUUCUGUGCUCAUCACUCAGUCUCUCUGUAGAUAUCCAUUUCAGGCACCUUUAAUGUGUCGGGCUGAAAAUGAUCUUGAAAAGUCACAUCAGGUAAAAGCUACGUUUGCUGCUACGCUUCUCAUCAGGGAUUGGAUAUGGCAGCCUGUAGAGGACAGUAGCUUCGAAAUUCAACCAAACCACUGUGACUACGGAUAUCAGAUGUUUUACCACACAUUACCCAUGUGGAUUUUAUCUCGAAUGCAGCAGAGGAUGGAGAAGUUUGCUUCUGAAUUCAUUUAAUAUUUAUUAUGAUAUGUGAAAUAUUUCUAUUCCCUAUAACGUUGUGAGUGUGAGAGACACACCUGCCAUACAAAGAUUGGGUUUACGUGUGAGUGAAGAUCCACAAACAAAUGUAAAUAGUGACAUGUGAGUUAUGAUUAUGACAUGUGAUAUUAAGCAUGGAUUAAGCGUCGAACAAGUUUACAAAAUAUCUGAAGCUGUACUGUAAAUAGUGUACUGUAUUACUGUCUUUGCAAUGAGUGAUGUUAAAGCCAACUGCUACGACAGCUCGCCCUCUGCUGGUGGACGGUAGCGACAACAGGAUUGAUGAACUGAUCCUCUUGUUACAUUUAACCGACUGUGUUUUCAGACCUUUAAACGCUGACUUUAAAAAAAGCUGUCGGCAAACGUGUUGCCUGACGAGCUCCUACUAUAACUUGUAUCAUCAACUAUCUCAUGAUAUUCAAACAUUUAAUCAGGGACAUGAAAUAGCAGUCAUUUACAUUUCUACAGGUUUUUAUAUAUGUUUACAGAUUAUUAUGAAUGCAGGCAGCACUUAAAUGUCACCUAACACAACAUAUUUAAUUUAAAUUAUUAGUUCCACACAAACUUUAAAUAUGCCAGGUGACUGAACAGAUAUACAGUAAAUAAAAGUAGGUAUUUCUUACUGGAAUUAGUGACGUCUAUUUUCAAUACAACAGCAGAAAUAUUAUAAAAUGUGUUAGCCUGUGGUUACCUUCUGUUUAAAUUUAAUUGUAGAGCACUAGAGUAGUAAUUAGUGAUACUUAAAUGAUAGGUAAAUAUUACCCUUCUUUUUUACUUCAUGUUUUAAUUAUCAAAGACAAUGGAAAUGUGGAUGGGAUUAUGUAUUUUUUAUGAAUCAAAAUUCUUACCUAGAUUGUUUUCCCAUUUGCACCCCAGAACAGCAAACGGCAGGUAUAUUAGGCCACCAUUUUGAUAUGUCAACUACAGCAUCUUACCUGGGUUUUUGCACUUGAUGCUGCAUUCAAAGUAUGUGGGAAAGUUCACAGCUACAGUUUAUAUAUUAACAAUUAGGGCUGGGCGAUAUGUAGAAAAUCAGAUAUCACAAUAUUUUUGCCCAUAUUCCUCAAUAUUGAUAUUGCGACGAUACUGUAGGGUUGAAUAUUGGUGCUUUCACAAAAUAUUUACACAAGAUUUUCAUUCAAUUAAAUCACUUAACUGAAACGCAGCCCUUAAAACCAGGAAAAGACAACACUUGAGAUAUUAUGAUAUUUAAUCUAUUGGGGACGGCAGUAGGUCAGUCCACAGGGACCUGGGUUAGGAACCAGAGGGUCGCUGGUCCAAGUCCAUGUUCGUACCAGGUAUAGACUGAGGACUGGCAGCUGGAGAGGUGCCAGUCCCCCUCCUGGGCACUAAACCCCCAACUGCAAGCCCCCCUUGCUUUGACAUCUCCACAUUUAAUGCAUGUAUAGGUCCUGUCUGUGCAUGUGUGUAUUCCGGGCCUGUAUGUAUAUGACUACAGAGUGAUAAAAACUGAAUUUCCCCUCGGGGAUUAAUAAAGCAUAUCUUCUUCUAUUAAAAUCUAAGAUGAUAUUGAGUCUCAUAUCAUGACAUUGAUAUAAUACUGAUACUGUACAUUGCCCAGCCCUAAUAACAAUAAAUCAAAUGACUGUGUAAUUCUGCAGUUAAUGUUGGCUUCAUGGAUCGUUUUAGCAUCUUUCAGCUCGUUGUUUUGGCCUUUAACUUUACUGUUUUGAUUCACUCUCAUUGCUCACAUAGCAUCGUUUUCAGCUGCAGCUGUUUUCAGUGAAAUAGCUCUAAAACCUGCUGUACACUACCUGCUCAGCUCCAAACAGCUGACAGAUAGAGUAAGUGACACGCUGGUGAAUUUAGCAUUCAGCAGCUGAACCAGAUAGUUAUCUCAGAAGGUUGGUGGGUGGCCAAAAACAUAACAUAAAUACGUGAUAAUGUGCUAUGUCUGCUGGAUGUGUAAAUAGAUUGGUCAUUUAAAAGGUGACAAGAGAGUGCUGCAGGAUAAGUCCUAAAACCUGGAACUGAGUUUGCAUUUUAGCACUCCUGGUUCCCAUGUCUUUAAGUCAAUGGAUUUUUUAAAUGUCAGUCACCUGAAAUAAGGUAUGUGGUUAACACAAGCUUAAGAGACUUUCACGUUGUGUUCUACAAUAUAAAAUAUGUCGGCAAAUACUCUUAUACUCUAUUUUGAAGCUUGUUGGUGUCUUAAAAAAGAUGGUGGCCUCAUUUUGGUGACGACGUUAAAGUCAUGAGACCAUGGUGUAAUUUGUUCAUAGCCUAACAUUAGCUUUUUACUUGUAGUGAUUGCAUUACCCUUCAAAAAAUUAUAAAACUGGUGUUCAUUUGUGAAGAUUACCUUGCUGAACAAAAUGUUUAAGUAUCAUAAACAUUUGUUUGCCACAGAGCUUAUUUUCUGCAGUACUCCAAAAUCCAGUGGAAAUAUCCCAUAGGUGUCUUUGUGGAGGGAACCAGGGGGGCGCCAACUUCUGCGUCAGCCUAUAAGAAAACAUAAAUCUACAGCACUCUGUAUGUCAGUGUUGUCACAGCUUUGUUUCUGCUGCCCCCAAGUGGCCAGAAAAAGCAGGUAUUUCAUUACAAACAACAAAUAAGGCAAUAAAAUCCAAAGAAAAUUAUUUAAUUUGAAAUUUAGUGACCAUCCACAAUGUUCUUAUUAGCAUUUAUAUUUACCAUCUUUCCCACAUGACAUGAAUGCAGCAUUAGUGUCAAAGCCAGGACUUGAAUUAGUUUCCCUCGACCCAGAAAGCAAACAUCUAUCAGCCAAAGGGGAAUUUUUCCUGACCUGCCCCAGACUGCCAGCUUUCUGAUAAAGGCCUGGGAUGAAGCACUGCCCAGCUCCCUCUCAGUGCUUUUUAUCUCUUCUGAGAAAAAACGCUACAUGGACACAAGGCCUCAGGUCUACAUUUGCAUCAUGUGAGGCUCUCUGGCUGCUCAGCCUUACCCUCUGACCGUCCUCCCACCUCCCACACCAGAGGAGCGACAAUCCCCAGAGUUUGACUUUGCUGUCACCAGAAAUAGAUUUUAAGCCCAUGAGCAAAGUGAGACAUCUAUCGCAUAACCUGAGGGGAACCAUUUCCUUCAUCUGAAAGUCUGGCUGAUUUGGGGUUACAUGUCUGCGGGCUGUGUUGGUGUCAAAAUGGUGCAGAGGGAAUAGAAGCUGAAAGUAAAGGUGUUAGGUGGAGGCUCAGAGAGUCAGACAAUGUAUCAGGUAAAAUCAGGUUACACCUUUCACUUUUUUUUGCAAUAUUAAAAUCAAAACAGAUCUUUAUGUGACAGAUACGAACGAAAAUCACACCUAAAGUCAUUGUAGUCACUCCUGUCUAGAAACGGUAUUGUCAGAGUGCUUGUAUGGCAUGUCCCUUUGCCCCAACACUUACCCACCCAUGAAUGUGAGAUUUAAUUUAAUGGUGCUGGGGGGAAAAGCAUGUCACUACUGUUAGCUAUUUAACUUUACGAAUGGCAGAUUUAUUUACUCUAUAAAGUCUGUAAAUAUAUUUAAUUACAUAUUUAUUUUCUUUUGUAUAUUGCCCUCAAGUUGUUCAGUAUAGAAGUUGAAUGGCUACUGAGUAUAUAUAUCUAUGGUGAAUCGCCAAGGGUUGCAGGUUUAAAAAAAAAAAAAAAAGCAAACAGCUACAAAAUCUUCAACAUAAACCAGACUCGCUUACAGCUUGAAACAAUGUGCUGCAGAUAAGCUUCAUAUUUCCUCAUGCGCGUCCUUUUUUGAAAUGUAUAAAUGACACAAAAGCUGCUUCAAAGAAACGGUGUGAGAAUUUGUGACCUCACCCAGCCGCACACUGCCAGAUCACACCUCUUGUUUCGCUGCCACCGUCGUUGUUGCUCAAAAUCCAUUGACUUUUUUUCUCCCUUUCACAAAAUGAAAAGUUUUCUGUGGAGAUCUGUGAUGUUUACACCUCGAACGCAGCUUCUCGAGGCUGUCAGGAAGUCGUGUACAUAAGGGUUUUACAACAAGAGAGAAACGACUUCCUCAUGGUCCAUUCAGAGUGUUUGUAUGUGUGUGUUUUCAUGAAAACGUCUGCCAAGACUUUACGUGUGUGUACAUUGUUUGUUUUUUUA